GCCAUGGUGCCAAGUCUGGCGGCUACCUCGGCUACAUGUAAUCACGGGCUUUGCUAUGCUGCUUCUGGGAAACCAAAAUGACCAGGAAUGAAACGUGUUUGCUUCUUGGAGCAACUGGCGUUGGGAAAACGCUGUUGCUGAAACGUCUACAAAAGAUCAGUUUACAUGGAUUAGGUGAACUAGGGUCACCUCCUUCUACUCUGCCUACAGUAGGAACCAAUCUGACAGACCUGACACUGAAGAAGAAGAAGGUGACAGUGAGAGAGCUGGGAGGCUGCAUGGGCCCUAUAUGGCCCAGUUACUUCAAAGACUGCGCCUCUGUCAUUUUUAUGGUGGACUCAGCCAACAUCGCUCAAGUAUCCUCCUCCUGUAUCCAGCUGCUGUCAGUACUCUCUGCUGAGCCUCUGUGCAGUGCCUCUGUGCUUAUUCUCUUCAACAAGAGGGACGUGCCCUGCACUAUGAGUCUUAUAGAGAUAAAGUCACUGUUCAGAAUGGAUGACAUCAUUGCAUCUGCUACUCAGCCAAUCACAACACUGGAACUCAGUGCCCGAUCUGGACAGGGACUUCAGGAGGUGCUCAGUUGGCUAGAGUCCACCACAGUCAAGUGAUCCAUCAUAUGCUUGUUCCUGAAAAAGUGACACUGCUGUUUGAAAAAUGGUUUCAAGCCUUUUGGCAAAAGAUGUCAGUAUCCUCAGUGUGCAAAGACGGUUUACACACCAGUUGUAAGAGGAUGUAAUUAUGUGCUUAGUGUUGGACUCACUGAAAAAAUGGCAAGACAUGACAAGAGAAACUGUUGUAUCUUAAGUACCAUAUAAAAUAUGGUGACUCCUCAUUAGGGAAAAUGGGGGAGGUGAUGUAUUAGUGAUAUCAUGGCAGGAUGGGAUGUUUGUGAGGUAGGUCAUUUUAACAUUUAUUAAAUCAACACUACUGUAGGUCUUAUCUGCAUCUACUGGUCACUUUUACUAAAUAAAUUCCAAAUAGACAAACA